AUGGCAUCUAAGCGCAAAGCUGCUGCUAUGGCUCCCGCAGAUGAAGAGCCUGCUGACCCUGCCGACGAGCUAAUGUUUCUGUGUCUUGGAGGAGGAAACGAGGUUGGCAGGUCUUGUCAUAUACUGCAGUACAAAGGCAAAACGGUCAUGCUUGAUGCUGGAAUGCACCCGGGAUACGAAGGCUUAGCAGGCCUACCUUUCUACGAUGAUUUUGACUUGAGCACAGUCGAUGUGCUUUUAAUCAGCCAUUUCCACGUCGACCAUGCAGCUUCGCUACCCUAUGUGCUCGCGAAGACCAAUUUCAAAGGCCGGGUGUUCAUGACGCAUCCAACCAAAGCCAUUUACAAAUGGCUCAUCCAGGACAGUAUUAGAGUUGGAGAAGCGUCUUCGAGCUCCCAGGCUGUUUACACCGAAGCAGACCAUCUGUCAACAUUCCCCCAGAUCGAAGCUAUUGACUAUCAUACCACCCAUACUAUAUCUUCAAUUCGAAUCACACCCUAUCCCGCUGGCCAUGUUCUUGGUGCUGCUAUGUUCCUUAUCGAAAUCGCCGGUCUUAAGAUAUUUUUCACUGGCGAUUAUUCUCGAGAAGAUGAUCGGCAUCUUGUCUCCGCCGAGGUUCCAAAAGGCGUCAAAAUAGAUGUGUUGAUUACAGAGUCAACUUACGGGAUUGCCUCGCAUAUUCCCCGCUUAGAACGGGAGCAAGCACUCAUGAAAUCAAUAACCGGUAUCCUGAACCGAGGAGGUCGUGUUUUGAUGCCGGUAUUCGCUCUAGGGCGAGCGCAAGAACUCCUCUUGAUUUUGGAUGAAUAUUGGGGUCGCCAUCAGGAAUUCCAAAAGGUACCUAUCUACUAUGCCAGUAACUUGGCUCGUAAAUGUAUGCUUGUUUAUCAGACAUACAUUGGAGCUAUGAACGACAAUAUCAAACGACUCUUCCGAGAGCGAAUGGCCGAAGCAGAAGCUUCAGCGGACACUGCCGGAAAAGGUGGUCCAUGGGACUUCAAAUAUAUUCGCUCAUUAAAAAACCUGGAUCGCUUUGAUGAUGUUGGGGCCUGUGUUAUGUUGGCCAGUCCUGGAAUGCUUCAGAAUGGUGUUAGUAGAGAAUUACUUGAACGUUGGGCACCAAGUGACAAAAAUGGGGUCAUCAUAACCGGGUACAGUGUCGAGGGGACCAUGGCAAAGCAGAUCGUGCAGGAACCAGAUCAAAUUCCCGCUAUCAUGUCCCGCGGCAGUGGUGCAGCAAGACGAGGGCCCGGCGCUGGAGAAAAUGAUAAAGUUAUGAUACCAAGACGUUGUACUGUGCAAGAAUACUCGUUUGCCGCCCAUGUUGAUGGUACAGAGAACAGAGAAUUUAUUGAGGAGGUUGCAGCUCCAGUAGUAAUUCUUGUGCAUGGCGAACAGCAUAAUAUGAUGCGCUUGAAAUCCAAGUUACUCUCUCUAAAUGCCGAUAAAACGGCGAAAGUCAAGGUAUACAGCCCGCGAAAUUGCGAAGAACUUCGUAUUCCUUUCAAAGCAGAUAAAAUCGUCAAAGUCGUUGGGAAGCUUGCAUCAAUACCCCCACCUUCUGUAGACGAGAAUCAACCACAGCUCAUUACCGGAGUAUUAGUCCAAAAUGAUUUCAAGAUGUCAUUGAUGGCACCGGAGGAUCUGAGAGAGUAUGCUGGCUUGACCACGACGAGCAUUACCUGCAAGCAGCGUAUGACACUGAGUGCUGCAGGUAUUGACCUGAUCAGAUGGGCUUUGGAGAGUACAUUUGGUAGCAUUCAAGAGUUACCCCAAAGUAAAUUACACAAUGGAACGAAUGGCGACACCCAUAUGAACGGGUCUUCAGAGGAGGCAGAUGAAGAAAUUUCCAGGCAAACGACAGCCUAUCUAGUUAUGGAUUGUGUCGUCGUACGUCAUAAUAGCAAUGGGGAAGUUGAACUGGAAUGGGAAGGUAAUAUGUUGAAUGAUGGUAUCGCGGACGCUAUCAUGGCGGUACUAUUCUCUGUGGAAAGCAGCCCUGCGGCGGUGAAACAAUCUUCUAGCAAACAUUCUCAUUCCCAUAAGCUUCCAUCUCGGAAUCCCCACAGCAACCUCUCGCCAACCGAGCGUCUAGAGCGACUUUUCAUGUUCCUCGAAACCCAAUUUGGCGCUGACAACAUCACCCCUAUAGCAACGCCUAAAGUUUCAAACAAGGCACUACUUCCUCCCGGAUCUCCAACAACCAUGAAAGAAGAAGAUGGCAUACCGGAAGCCUCCGGGGACGGGGAUAAGGAGUUGGAAGCGCUCCAGAAAGUGGAACUUGAACGCCUGCAUAAAAUUGGCAUCCCAGUCCCGGGAGUGGAAAUUAAGGUUGAUAAGAUGGUGGCGAAGGUUUGGCUUGAAGAUUUGGAGGUCGAAUGUGCAAAUCGGGUGUUUGGCGAUAGGGUGCGUGCGGUGGUGGAGAGGGCUGCUGAGGUUACAGCACCGCUAUGGACAUGA